CUCACAAUGUCCGUCACACCAGCUUUGAGAGUCAAGCCUGUCCACAAGAGAGACAAGAAGUUUAGACGUUUCGAUGCCCACAAAUUCACCAGAUUGGCCCAAAAGACCACCUGGAGAUGUCCACACGGUAUUGAUAACCCUUUGAGAAGACACUACAGAGGUCACGGAGCUUUGCCUUCAUCUGGUUUCGGUACUGCUAAGGUCUCCAGAUUCCACGACAGAAAGACUAGAUUGAUCCCAUACGUUGUCGCUAAUGCUAAGGAUCUCGAAGUCUUGUUGAUGCAUAACAACAAGUAUGCUGCCGUCAUUUCUGCUAAGACUGGUGCUCAAAAGAGAAAGCAAAUUGUUGAAAGAGCUAAGGAAUUGGACAUCAAGGUUUUGAACGCUACUGCCAGAUUGAAGACUGAAGAAACCCAAUAAGUUGUUUUUUCCACUAUAAAAAAAAUAUAUUUAAAAAUC